AAUCCACGCUUCGUCCGCGCCAGUUUAAGUGUGGGGGUUCCGCUCGUGAAGAGUCGACUCGAGCUGACAGUCGCAGCGCCGCGGUGGGCGCAACGCGCGCGGCAGCAGCAACAGCGGCGGCGGCAGCGCGGCUUACCGCCCCCGGGCGAGCGGGAAGCGGCACGGGGAGGCGCUGAGCGAAGUGCGCGGGCUUGGAGCGAAGCGAGGAUUCGCCCGGGGCCUAGGCCAGGCUUCACCCAGCGAGGAGGGCGCGACGAUGUCGCUGUACGAUGAUCUUCGCGUGGAGAGGAGCGACUCCAAGACAGAGGGAUGGUCCAAGAACUUCAAGCUCCUGCAGUCGCAGCUGCAGGUUAAGAAGGCGGCGCUCACACAGGCCAAGAACCAGAGGGGCAAGCAGAGCACAGUGCUGGCACCUGUGGUUGACCUCAAGCGCAACUCGGGUCCAGAGGAGCGGACGAGUUUCCCUGAGCCGCCGCCGCCUCCGCCAGUCGCCACCACACCCAAGGUGGAGUCCGGCGCCGCACAGAUGGCCUUCAUGGGGGAGAUGCUGAUCCCCGUGGCGGAUGAGUACGACCCGAUGUACCCCAACGACUACGACAAGGUGGUGAAGCGGCAGCGGGAGGACCGACAACGUCAGCGUGAGCACGAGCGGCAGAAGGAGAUAGACGACAGGGAGAAGAGGCGGAAGGAGCGUCACGAGGCGAGCGGCAUGUCACGGCGACCCGAGUCGGACGACGAGGAGGAGUACGAGGUGGAGAAACGCAAACGAGGCACAAUGGGAGCUGCCAUCGCGCCACCAUCAUCGCUCAUGGAGAGGGACAAAGACUUGGCUCCUGACGAUGAGAUCAAACGCGGGCGGAUGUCGGGUAAAGCGGCCAUCCCUCCCCCCAACUACGAGGACUCGGGCGAGAGGCCGCGCUCCCCACCUGGUGGCUCCAGCUCCUUCAUCUCCAACAUGGGAGGCACGGUGGCGCACAAGAUCAUGCAGAAGUACGGCUUCCGCGAGGGGCAGGGCCUGGGCAAGCACGAGCAGGGCCUGAGCACGGCGCUGUCCGUCGAGAAGACGAGCAAGCGCGGCGGCAAGAUCGUCAUCGGAGACAACGUGCCCAAGGAGGCCGAAGCUGCGACGGUGGUGGCUGCUGCGGCGGCAGCGGCGGCAUCGGCGUCGCCAUCGCCAGCAUCGGCCAAAAAACAGGAGCCAAACCCCCUGACGGAGAUUCUGAAGAACCCGACCAAAGUGGUGCUGCUGCGGAACAUGGUUGGCCCCGGCGAGGUUGACGAGGACCUAGAGAGCGAGACCAAGGAGGAGUGCGAGAAGUACGGCAAGGUGAUCAAGUGUGUCAUCUUCGAGAUGCCGGGCGCCCCCGAGGAUGAUGCGGUGCGGAUUUUCCUCGAGUUUGAGCGGAUGGAGUCGGCGAUCAAAGCUGUCGUUGACCUGAACGGACGCUACUUUGGCGGUCGCAUCGUUAAAGCCGGCUUCUACAACCUCGACAAGUUCCGCCGUCUUGACCUGGCCACCUCAGUGUGACCCCACGCUCUCUCGACUCGGGAGACGAUCGCUCACGCACACACGCAGAGAAGUUGUUAUACCGUUUUUCCACUGCACAACCGAGCCACGCCAGGGCUGUGUCCCAGCUGAGUGCAGAAGCUGAGCUCUGCCACUGAUGUAGCACACAGUGAACUGUUCGAGACAGAUGUAGAUGUGGUGAUGCCCUUUCCUGACAGCAUACUGACGAACGUCUCAUGCAAUUAACUCAUCAUUAGCUCCUGCCACUGGCCCUGCUUGGGCACGAGCCAGAUUGGGAUAUCUAAUCGAGGCCAGCGUGUCAAAGUUUUUUUUUCCGGCGCAGGAUGGAAAACCAUUGGAAAAUCACCUGUGCUGGUUCAGUUCGGAUGUGCCAAUGAAAAAACUUAUAUACGGGGCCACAAUGUCGACACAAUUCACCCCCAACCCACACUCCUGCUCCACCACUACCUGGGUGAUUCGAUUAAAUGUCGUCAUUCAGAGGCACGAUCUGUUCCUCGGAUAACUUCAUUUUUUAUUCACAUUGCAAUAAACGGCAGCACCUUUUAGCGGCUGCAGGGGUGACAUGGGCUCAUCACACACUACAUCAUCUUCAGCAGCCAUAAGCUAACCGCUGCUGGAUGAAGGCCUCCCCACGCUCUUACCAUUUUUCAUGAUCAUGCAAUGUAAUAAUCCGUUUAGCUCCUGCACGCGAGCCAACGUCGUCGCUUUAUUUCUGCAAUACACAUCCUCUCGGGCAGGUUCCCUCCUUCACCUGCCACUCCGUUGUUACUCUCGACCACUGGCGUGGAAUUAAAUCCCUGGGUCGCGACGGACGAGAGCGGUCAUGCCGCGCGUAAUCCCCGCCCGCACCCACGUGUUUUCUCUGCGUCCGUGCGUGCGUACAUACGUGCGUGCGUACGUGCGUUUGUGAGAGAGACGUAACGUCGUUGACCUUGUGUACAGUUAACGCGUGCGUGCACAAACAAAAACGUCAACUGGUCACAGAAACGGCCACGGCUCCGGAAGGCCGCGUUUUUGUAAAAAAACAACAACUCCGUUUGCAAAUUCUCCUCUGUGCAAAACGGUGGUGCGUGAGAGGAGCGAGGUCACUCGGCAACUGCUGCAGUUCCACAGUCUCCCAGUUGAUGCGUUUAUUUUUUUAUUUAAACGAGCGUAUGCGUUUUUUUUCACUGUCAAAAAGGGUUUGUAAGCUACUCGGUGUUUGCGAGUGGAAAGCUUUUGAUCUUACGUCGAUUCGGGACUUGUCCGCGCGUCCAGGUUUCUUUACGUUUAUACCGGUGUUUUCUCAAGACACCACAGUGUAAAGUGCGGUCUCCGAAUGGCGAGACCGUUCGCCUGUCAGAGAGGAGAGGCAUUGUUCAAAUCGUCCUUCAAUAUAUUUUCUUUUAAAUAUU